CAAGAUACACAUUGUCCGUCUUAUCACUGAAAAUGGCUGAACGAUUGCAUCGUAAUCGCCUAACACUAGCUCCUGUCGAUCUAAAAGUGUUUAUCAAGUGCAAAACAGUGUUCGAUGUUGUGUAGUUACGUUAGUGCUCCGUUAAUUUAGAAAAAAAAAUGUCAUCAGCGUCGUCGGUAACGGGAAGGAAGUUGGUACUGAGCACUCUCCUCGAAACCGACCACUAUGAGAGUUUGAUAAAGGAUCUUACUUGUACAAAGUGCAACCGAUAUAUGAAACCACCGAUAUAUCUCUGUGUGGACGGACACAGCAUUUGCGGUCCAUGCUAUGAUAAGAGCUAUCAGUGUCAUAUUUGCAAAAAAGAAUUCGCGCAGAUUCGUCCAAUGGUACUGGAAUCCCUCGCUAACAAAGUGCUAUUUCCUUGCACAAAUGCUGGCUGCCCGAAACACGCCACGCUGCCUCAAUUGGAAAAACACUCUCCUCACUGCCAAUACCGCAUCAUUAACUGUUUUAUGGCUAGAGUUUACGGUGAGUGUAAAUGGGAAGGUCGCGCUGGCGAAUGGAUGGAUCACUGCUUCGUAGAUCACAAGCAAAGAGUAACAGAGUUGCCAUUCAUCACUGUUAAGGAUAAGUGGGACGCUAAAAGAACGGAACCGGUCCUGAAUUAUUUCCUAUUAAAAUGCUAUGAAAAAGUAUUUAAUGUAUAUCAAAUUUACGACAAGAGAGGGGGAAGAAUGAUGUGGACCGUUUUAGUCAACGAUGACAACGCUGAGAAGUUUUAUUUCGAAGUUGAUAUAUUUCUGCCAAAUAUUCCAUGCAAAAGAAUUGUAUAUAGGCGGCCUUGCAAGUGCGAAAAAGACGCUGAUUUCCUAGAGCACACACAAAACGUGUACGUUCCGGUUGAAAAUGUUUUCUCAAUGCUGGACGAAAAUGAAGCUAUGAAUUUUACUGUCCGAAUUGGUGAAGUCGAAAACUUGCCUUUAUUGGAGACGCCCUCCGCGAGCGAGAGUCUUAUACUACUUAACGACGAAUCAAAAGAGAACUAAUAGAAAAACAUUCUAUUGUACGAGAAUUUUUAACAAUAAUAACCAGAUAUUUUAUUGUAUAGAUUAAAAGCAUUGUGAAUAGUUCAGAUGAACAGGCAUUAUUUGUUACGUUCAAGACUAGAUACUGUAUAUUUCUGCGAAUUGUGCAAUUUAGCUCUGAAUAAAGGCCUAUUUUGAAUAAAAA